AUGAAUGCUGUGACUUUGAGGAGUGGAAAGCAGUUGGAAGAUCCUCCCACGAGGGAGCCAUCCAAGGAGGUUGUUGAUGAGGUAGUCCCAAAAGAGAAGGUGGUCGAUGGUACUGAAAUUGAGGAAGAGCCAAGGGCAUCAACUCCACCACCACUUAUUCCAUAUGUACCGCAAGUUCCUUUCUCGCAAAGGUUGGCUCAAGCUAAGUUAGAGAGGAUGUAUGGAAAAUUUCUUGAUAUUUUGAAGAAGCUUCACAUCAACAUUCCGUUCUUAGAUGCAAUAUCCGAGAUGCCAUCUUAUGCAAAAAUUUUGAAGGAUAUGCUCUCUAACAAGAAGAAGCUAGAGGAGAAUGCUACUGUUGCGUUGAAUGUAGAGUGUAGUGCUAUUUUGAAAAAUACACUUCCUAAGAAAUUAGGUGAUCCGGGUAGCUACUCAAUUCCAGUGAAGCUUGGGGAUAUAGAGAUCAACAAGGAAUUAUGUGAUCUUGGUGCAAUUGUGAGUCUCAUGCCGCUCUCUAUCUGCAAGAAACUUCAAAUGCGUGAAUUAAAGCCUACACGCAUGUCUCUACAACUUGCAGAUAGGUCAGUUAAAUUUCCCUAG